AUGGCGCGCUACCAAGAGCCUCUCGACGGCCCAGCCGACCAACACUACCAAGAACAGAAGCCAACCGGUCUACUCACACGCUUUGUACCUGCUCGUCUGCGCCACACAGCUUUCUACCGGGUCCUGCUCCGCCUUACCCGCGUCCUGCAGUUCAUCUCCGCCGUCAUCUCGCUCGGUGUCUUCUCCCAGCGCCUCUACAAAGUCUACCGCCUGGUAAACUCCAUUAAGACACGUCGUGGUAUCAACGGCUCUUAUGGCGCCGUCGAAGGUAUCCUUGCAGCUGCUGUCUUGUACACACUCAUCUCCACCAUCUUCGGCUGCAUCAAGAAGUCCGCCAACCCCGGUGGAAAAGCGCUGCGCUGGUUAUGGGUGCUUCUCGAUCUCGCAUUUGUCGGCGCAUUCAUCGCUGUGUCUGUCCUCACACGCCCCAAUGGCGGAGCCGCUGGCCCAAGGCAUUGCUACACCGAUCGCAACACCAACAACGCCGAGAACAUUGCGCAAGGACAGACCGCGAAUUCCCAGGACGACACUUGCGAUCUUCCCUGGGGUACUUUCAUUUUGGCCAUAAUCAGCACUCUGCUUCACGCCCUUACUGCUGCGUUCCAUGAGGUCAAAGAUCACCACCGCAAGACUAAGCGCGUGAAGGCUGAGGAGAAGGCGGUCCAAGAGCGGUACAUUGCUGAGUCUGCCCCGGGCGCACGCGUCUAG